AUGGGGACAAGCAAACUUAUAAGUCCAGGAGGUUCUGAGCAGCAGAAUGAUGCUGCAGUGCCUCCUGAGACGGAGCUGUUAGAUCUCAGCCUUGUCAAGGAUGCCAGAUGUGGGAAACAUGCCAAAGCUCCCAAGGACCCCAAAUUACGUGAACUUUUGGAUGUGGGGAACAUCGGACGCUUGGAGCAUCGCAUGAUAACGGUGGUGUACGGGCCUGACUUAGUUAACAUCUCCCAUUUGAAUCUCGUGGCUUUCCAAGAAGAAGUGGCCAAGGAAUGGACAAAUGAGGUUUUCAGUUUGGCAACAAACCUGCUGGCCCAAAACAUGUCCAGAGACGCAUUUCUGGAAAAAGCCUAUACGAAGCUUAAGCUGCAAGUCACUCCAGAAGGGCGCAUUCCUCUCAAAAACAUAUACCGCUUGUUCUCAGCAGACCGGAAGCGAGUUGAAACUGCUUUAGAGGCUUGUAGUCUUCCAUCUUCAAGGAAUGAUUCAAUACCUCAAGAAGAUUUCACUCCAGAAGUGUACAGAGUUUUCCUGAACAACCUUUGCCCUCGACCUGAAAUUGAUAACAUCUUUUCUGAAUUUGGUGCCAAAAGCAAACCAUACCUUACGGUUGAUCAGAUGAUGGAUUUUAUCAACCUGAAGCAGCGAGAUCCUCGGCUAAAUGAAAUACUUUACCCACCUUUAAAGCAAGAGCAAGUCCAAGUACUGAUUGAGAAGUAUGAGCCCAACGAUAGCCUUGCCAAAAAAGGACAGAUAUCAGUGGAUGGCUUUAUGCGCUAUCUGAGUGGAGAAGAAAAUGGAGUCGUUUCGCCUGAGAAACUGGAUUUGAAUGAAGAUAUGUCUCAGCCCCUUUCUCACUAUUUCAUCAAUUCCUCACACAACACCUACCUCACAGCUGGCCAGUUGGCUGGAAAUUCCUCUGUUGAGAUGUAUCGCCAAGUGCUCCUGUCUGGUUGUCGCUGUGUGGAGUUGGACUGCUGGAAAGGACGGACUGCAGAAGAGGAACCAGUCAUCACCCAUGGGUUCACCAUGACAACUGAAAUAUCCUUCAAGGAAGUGAUAGAAGCAAUUGCUGAGUGUGCAUUUAAGACAUCACCUUUUCCAAUUCUGCUUUCAUUUGAGAACCACGUAGAUUCCCCAAAGCAGCAAGCCAAGAUGGCAGAGUAUUGCCGACUGAUCUUUGGAGAUGCUCUUCUCAUGGAACCACUGGAAAAAUACCCACUGGAAUCUGGAGUUCCUCUUCCAAGCCCUAUGGAUUUAAUGUACAAAAUUUUGGUGAAAAAUAAGAAGAAAUCGCAUAAGUCAUCAGAAGGAAGUGGCAAAAAGAAGCUCUCAGAACAAGCCUCCAACACGUACAGUGACUCGUCCAGUGUGUUUGAGCCCUCAUCUCCAGGAGCCGGGGAAGCUGAUACUGAGAGUGACGACGAUGAUGAUGAUGACGACUGUAAAAAAUCUUCAAUGGAUGAGGGUACUGCUGGCAGUGAGGCCAUGGCCACAGAAGAGAUGUCUAACCUGGUGAACUAUAUUCAGCCAGUCAAGUUUGAGUCCUUUGAAACUUCAAAAAAAAGAAAUAGAAGUUUUGAAAUGUCUUCCUUCGUGGAAACCAAAGGACUUGAGCAACUGACAAAGUCUCCAGUGGAAUUUGUAGAAUAUAACAAAAUGCAGCUCAGCAGGAUAUAUCCAAAAGGAACCCGUGUGGAUUCAUCCAACUACAUGCCUCAGCUCUUCUGGAAUGCUGGUUGCCAAAUGGUUGCACUUAAUUUUCAAACUGUGGACCUGGCUAUGCAAAUAAAUAUGGGGAUGUAUGAAUACAAUGGGAAAAGUGGCUACAGAUUAAAGCCAGAGUUCAUGAGGAGACCCGACAAGCACUUUGAUCCAUUCACCGAAGGCAUCGUAGAUGGGAUAGUGGCCAACACUUUAUCUGUGAAGAUUAUUUCAGGUCAGUUUCUUUCUGAUAAGAAAGUUGGGACCUAUGUGGAAGUGGAUAUGUUUGGUUUGCCUGUGGACACAAGGAGGAAGGCAUUUAAGACCAAAACAUCACAAGGAAAUGCUGUAAAUCCUGUCUGGGAAGAAGAGCCCAUUGUGUUCAAAAAGGUGGUUCUUCCUUCUCUGGCCUGUUUGAGGAUAGCAGUUUAUGAAGAAGGAGGUAAAUUUAUCGGUCACCGGAUCUUGCCUGUACAGGCAAUUCGGCCAGGCUAUCACUACAUCUGUCUGCGGAAUGAGAGGAACCAGCCUCUGAUGCUCCCAGCUGUCUUUGUCUACAUAGAGGUGAAAGACUAUGUCCCAGAUACAUAUGCAGAUGUGAUUGAAGCUUUGUCAAAUCCAAUACGAUAUGUGAAUCUGAUGGAGCAGAGAGCAAAGCAACUGGCUGCUUUGACACUGGAAGAUGAAGAAGAAGUAAAGAAAGAGGCUGAUCCUGGGGAAACACCAUCAGAAGCUCCAAGUGAAGCCAGGACAACUCCAGCAGAAAACGGAGUGAAUCACACUACAUCCCUGGCACCCAAACCACCCUCCCAGGCUCCCCACAGCCAACCAGCUCCAGGUUCUGUAAAGGCACCUGCCAAAACAGAAGAUCUUAUUCAGAGUGUUUUAACAGAAGUGGAAGCACAGACUAUCGAAGAGCUAAAGCAACAGAAACCAUUUGUGAAACUUCAAAAGAAGCACUACAAAGAAAUGAAAGACCUGGUGAAAAGACACCACAAGAAAACCACUGACCUUAUCAAAGAACACACUACAAAAUAUAAUGAAAUUCAGAAUGACUACUUGAGAAGGAGGGCAGCUUUGGAAAAGACAGCCAAAAAGGAUAGUAAGAAAAAAUCAGAACCCAGCAGUCCUGACCAUGGUUCAUCAACAAUUGAGCAAGAUCUUGCUGCCCUAGAUGCUGAAAUGACCCAAAAGUUAAUAGACUUGAAGGACAAACAACAGCAGCAGCUGCUUAAUCUUCGACAAGAACAGUAUUACAGUGAGAAAUACCAGAAGCGAGAACAUAUUAAACUGCUUAUUCAGAAAUUGACGGAUGUUGCCGAAGAAUGUCAGAACAAUCAGCUGAAGAAGCUCAAAGAAAUCUGUGAGAAGGAGAAGAAGGAAUUAAAGAAGAAAAUGGAUAAAAAAAGGCAGGAGAAGAUCACAGAAGCUAAAUCCAAAGACAAAAGUCAAAUGGAAGAGGAAAAGACAGAGAUGAUCCGGUCAUACAUCCAGGAGGUGGUACAGUACAUCAAGAGGUUAGAAGAGGCACAAAGUAAACGGCAAGAAAAACUUGUAGAGAAACACAAGGAGAUCCGUCAGCAGAUCCUGGAUGAAAAGCCCAAGGGGGACGGUUCCUCCUCAUUCUUGUCGGAAACUUGCCAUGAGGAUCCCUCUGUUUCCCCCAACUUUACUCCCCCCAACCCUCAAGCUCUCAAGUGGUGACUACCAUCCUUCCGGCCAGGUAGGACUGGAUGGGAGGGGUCGCUUUUGAGAGAGGGGUGGCAUGUGGCCAUCAGGUUUACAGGCAUCAUGGACUUGCUCCUUUGUUUUUCACUACCCCCCUUUCUCUACAUACCCAUCCUUUUCCUGCUAUAGUUUCCAGCCACAUCCAUGAUGUGCCCUCAUCUUUACCUGUCUUUCUCUGGUAUUUAUUUUUUCACCAUUCUUCUCUCUCUUCUUGACAUAAAUUCCAUUCUUCCUUAUUGUCUUCUUCCCUUUUAUUCAUUUUGUUUCUCUAUUUGCAAAACUGACUUCCUUUUUGAACUCAAUCUUUCUCUUACACUCACACUGUUAUUUCUGCUUUUGAGACAUUUUUAAGUUCCUACUUCUUGCAGCACUGGUUGCCCACAGUUUUAUUAUCUUAAAAUCCAGUGGGAUUAAAUUAAUUCUCAGGGAGUCUUCCUGACCCACUCCACUCAAUUUACUAUACCCCUCCUUUUAAAAAUCCAGCAAAAGUCAUUGUAUUCCCACAUGAUGUUUUGAAUUAAGGCGAUAGCUCAGGAUUUCCUGAUUCUCUAGAAUCAAGAGCUCUUGAAAAUACCUCACUAAUAGGGAUGCUUGAGCCAGGGGCUGCUGGUUGAAGCAAAAUGCAGCUCAGAUGUUAGAGAGGACUUUAACUUGGUAGACUAAAUACAUCAUGAAAUCUACUGUAUUCCUUUAGCUAAUAAGAGAACUGCCCUAAGCCAUUCCAAUGCGAAUGCAUUUCAAAAAAAAAGAGGUGUUAUUGUGAUUAUAAAGAAAGCAAAAUACAUCUAUUCUGAUGGAUUGAAAGUAAAGUUCUACAGUGAGGCUUACGAUGUUUUUUGUCCUCAAACACUUGUUGAUCUGUGAAGCAGUACAGUUUAGAAACGUGUCAAAGAAUCAGUGAAAACAACUCUACUGCAAAAAAAAAAAAAAAGCUGUGAUUCCUUUCUCUUCCUCUGCAUCAAUCACUACAAGCAGUGAUAUUCUAGCUCAGCAUUUUUCAACGGGAAUGAGCAUAUCAAUUAUCUGGA